AUGGGUGCUUUUUUAUCUCUCAGGUACUUACUAGCAUCCCUCUUGCUCAAUGUUUGCUUGAAAGCCGUUAAUGCAGACCCAAAUCUGGCUUUUUCUUUCGAGGGUUUUGGUAAAGAUUCAAACUUUGGGUCACAGAUUGCUCUGUUCGGGGAUGCUAAGGUUGUUCUAGGCAAUAUGUCUGUUGAAAUUGCUGGUUCGAGGUCUUUUAGUGGUGGGGGGCUCAUUUGUAAGAAACCCAUUAAUCUUUUGAGCUCAAGAGAUAUGGUGUCUUUUUCAAACUACUUUGUGUUUUCAAUGUCUGGGAAAAAUGGGGAUGGUUUGGCCUUUUUCAUGCUCCCUUCUGAUUUUCCUCACAAUUCUUCUGAUUUGGGCUCAAUGGGGAUAUUGGGUGAGAAAAAAUCGAAAUUUCUUGCUGUCGAAUUCGAUACUUUUAUGGAUGAGAAGUAUGGUGAUGUCAAUGGUAAUCAUGUAGGGUUAGAUAUUGGUUCCCCUGUCUCUGUUAAGGUUAGCAAUGUGUCCUCUGUUAAUUUAGUGCUAAAUAGUGGUGAAAAGUUGCAAUCUUGGAUUGAUUAUGAAGCAAGUGGUAAAAGAAUUGAGGUGAGGUUGAGUAGAUUAGGUCAAAUUAAGCCGAUUGCCCCUUUACUUACGUACCCAAUUGAUUUGUCCAAAAUGUGGAGAGGCAAGAAUGUUACGGUUGGAUUAAGCUCGUCGAGUGGUAACUCUUCUCAAUAUAGUAUCAUUUACUCGUGGAGCUUUAACUCGAGAAUCAUGCCACAUUGGAUGCAUUCCGAGCCUUUGGAUCCGGAAGGUUCUUCUAAGAAAGGAGAAAGUUUGAAAAUUUCCAAAAGAUCAGAUAAGUGUGCUUUGAAAAUACUUGCUGCAUUGUUUUUUGGGUCCGGAUGUGGUGCGAUUGGGGCCUUUCUCGUGUUGUAUUUGUGGGCUGUGUUUGGAAAUAGGCGCCCUGUGGUGCCGGAGGAAUUUGCCGUGCAGACUAAAGAAUCGGGAUAUGAUAAGAUUGACGUUCUUUCUUCAGAUAAAACCAUCGAAGAUGUCAAGAAGUAG